AUGGUAGCAGAGAAACCAAUAGAAGAAGAGGGUACUAGCACAGACUGGACUAUGGUGGCAGAAAAGGACAGAGAGACUAGAGUUAAAGAAGAUAAGGCUGCUGGAAUAAGAAGAUAUUAUGAAAAUAAGUGGUGUUUUGAAGAUAACUAUGACAAACACUAUAAUGGUAGGAUCUGGCUUCUGUGGAAUAAAGCUGAAGUGAUUAUUAGGAUGAUUCAAGUCCAUGAACAAUUUCUGCACUUUGAGGUUUAUGGAAUAGAUAACUCCUUUCGAUAUGUUGCUACAAUGAUUUAUGCCUUCAAUCAAGUGGAACAUAGGAAAACAUUGUGGAGCAAGUUGGAAAGUCUGGGAAGCAGUAUGGAUAGGCCCUGGGUUGUCAUUGGGGACUUUAAUAAUGUCUUGAAGGAGGAGGAUAGAAUUGGUGGGCAACCAGUUAGUUAUGCAGAAUAUAGAGAUCUAGAUGAGAUGAUGCACAAUGUUAGCUUGUUUGAAAAUGUUUCCAAAGGAAGCUACUUCACCUGGUCCAACAAACACACCCAAGGAAUCAUCCACUCAAGAAUUGAUAGAAUGGUGUCUAACAUCCAGUGGUUGCAGAAGUAUCCUGAUGCUGUAGUGGAAAACUUGGCACCUAAUAUUUCUGAUCAUACCCCUGUCAAAGUUAGUGUUAGCCAACAGCAGAUAAGGAAGGGAUCGAUGUUUAAAUUCCUGAAUUGUAGUGUUAAAGAGCCUACCUAUAUGCAGAUUGUGAAGAACAGUUGGCAAGAAGAGGUGAUAGGUAAUAACAUGUACAGAUUAUGGAGGAAAUUAUUGAGACUGCAACCGAUUCUGAAGAAGCUGAAUUCCCAAUACUCAGACAUUCAGGACCAAAUCCAGAAAGCCAGACAAUUGCUUCUAGACGAACAGAAGGAUCUCCAAAAUAAUUUGUUUGAUGUGCAAAGUAUUGAGAGAGUGAAGCAGUGUACUGAGAACCUCAUCCAUUUGAACCAAACAGAGGAAAAUAUAUUGAAGCAGAAAGCCAAGGUGAAUUGGUUACAACUAGGAGAUGGUAAUAAUGCUUUUUAUCAUGCCUAUGUGAGGGACAGAAACAAGCAAAAGGGGAUGUAUUCUUUGGAGUCUGUAAAUGGAGGUAGCCUAAGCAAACCAGAAGAUAUAGAAGAAGAAGUUUUGCAAUUCUAUGACAAACUGGUAGGUACUAAAUCCCUGAACCUGAGAUGUAUCGAUAUUACCACUGUAAGGAAUGGUAAAACUCUUGAUAGAGAGAGUGCUUGUCAGCUGAUAAGACCUGUUGAGGAAGGGGAAGUGUGGAGUGCUCUGAAAAGUAUAGGCCAGAAUAAGGCACCGGGGGUGGAUGGAUUCAACGCUUACUUCUUCACAGCUACAUGGCAAAUUGUGAAAAAUGAUGUGACAGCUGCAGUUAAAUAA